UGGACGGACAGGAGACACAGACCGGGUCGGAUUCCGCAUCAGAGGGAGUCACAAUAAGUUGUAAAUCUCAAGGUGGAACCCGAUCUCAAUGAGACCUGGAAGCCUUCUGCUGUUGGACUUUAAAAUACAGGAUGUUUCAAAUUGCUUAUUUAUUUAGACAGCAUGUUUUUAAAUAACUUGUAAGGCAAGUUUCUUCUGCACUACCGGACAAAGGAUAAGGAAAGCUACCAGUCUACUGUAUUAUCUGACGAAUAAUACUAGAAAAUACGACUUAACCGCCUGUUUAACUCAUGCAUUUUAUAUUUAAUUGGCUGAUCUCAGCUGUGUGAGUUGCUCCUGGCUAUUUUGUUAUUAUAUUCACAGGAAAUAUAUUUGUAUAUUUCUAGCAGCAGCAACUUGCUAACAACAGGGAACGAUUUAGCAGAGCAUUGAGUACUUCUCCCUUCGCUUGACCAAUCCGGUUAAAUUUAGUUUAACGUUACUCAGGAAAAUGAUGCGGAUGCCUAAAGGCGUCUCUCCGGCAGUGGGGCAGCCUUGUUCUCAGCAGAAGAUGAAGGUUUUGUCCACCGGAGGAGUGAAGACCGAGUUCUUCAGCACCGGACUGUCCAGCCCGCUAAUGAGCACGGUACCGGCCGGCUAUUUCACCCAGAUCUGCAACACCGCAGCCGAACAAAGAGCCAACAGCCUUUAUUCAACCCCCCACGGACCGGAGGCUAAACCCAUCAGAUCAUCAUCCGGGCGACUGCCGGCUAAAAGGAAGCUGGAUCUAGAGGACCCUCUUUACUUGCCAGAGUUCCGCACUCCAAAAGGCAAAGGCAGCAUCGCAGCCAGAAUACCAAGUCCAAGGACUCCAAAGUCUCCAGGUGAGCGGACACGGUACGACACGUCCCUGGGCCUGCUGACCAAGAAAUUUGUGGGUCUGAUCGCUGAGUCUCCUGAUGGAGUUCUUGACCUGAACUGGGCCACUGAGGUUCUAGAGGUCCAGAAGAGACGCAUCUAUGACAUCACUAACGUCUUGGAGGGAGUCCAGCUCAUCCGAAAAAAGUCCAAGAACAACAUCCAGUGGCUGGUUGGAGAUGUAUUUGAGGGCGGUGCAGGUGGAGGAGAGAAGGCUUGUGCCCUGAGGAAAGAGCUUGGAGACCUGGAGAUAGUAGAGAGAUCUCUGGACGAAUUGGUCCGCUCCAGCACUGCACAACUCAAACAACUCACCGAAAAUGAAGAUAAUCAGAGGUUGGGCUAUGUGACAUAUCAGGACAUCCGCUCCAACGGCAGUCUCCGAGACCAGACAGUCAUUGCUGUCAAAGCCCCAGCUGACACCAAACUGGAGGUGCCAGACACAGCAGGGCAAGGGUCAUUACAGAUCUAUUUAAAGAGCAAGAAUGGCCCCAUUGAAGUCUACUUGUGUCCGGAAGAGGGUCUCGAAGAUGCCAGCCCAGUUAAAAGCGUCACCCCUAAAAAGGAGUUCCCACAACCCCUGGGUCCUCCAACUGCAACCCAGGUGGCGCCACUAAGCUACAGCAUCAAAGAGGAGCCUGUUGAAUCCAACUUGUCUACAGCUGCUCCAGCCACCUCCUCGGCUGCAGCCUCCAGUUCCUCUCUGCUGGACGUCGAGGGUCUGCUGGGUUUGCCCCCCAGCCUGCUUCAGAUCACCGAGGACCAGCUCCCUGGUACCUCUUUCACCCCAGACCCCAACACCCCCUUUGUCAAUUUCUCUCCACCUUUGGACCAUGACGAUUACCUCUGGAGCCUGGAGGAUGGCGAGGGAGUGUCAGAUUUCUUCGACACAUAUGAUCUUGGAGAUCUGUUGAAGAGCUGAGGUAUAGAGGGGGGGGGGGGGGGGGAUUUAGGGAUAUUUAAUUGACUUCUCGAGGUAGGAAAUAUUACACUAUGAAGCCAUCACUCUUUGUUUUUGCCAUGUCUGUUUUAAUGUCAAUGAUUCCAAAGGAGGAGUUACCCUCUUUGUUUGUUUUGAUAAAGUAAAAAUCGUUUCUACAGAUGAUUGUAAAGAAUGAUCACAAUGAGAGGUUGGGUGAGGCUGAGAUUGACACUGAUGUGAGUAAAUCUCCAACCAUUCGGAAACACUGUUUGAAAGGCAGGGAUUGUUUGGGAUUUUCUGUCACGUUUUCAGAUUUGCGCUACAAAGAUAAAAAUGUAUAAACUUCUACAAACACAGGAUUUCUUAUGCGUAUCACAUCACCAGCAACAAAUCAUUUGAUGUAUUUUGGUCAGGUGAUCAGGGGGUGUUAACAGUGUGACAACUCAGGAAUUUUUUUCUUUCUUCCUUGUUUCUAAAGUCUAAAUGUUUGUGCCACUGUUUGGCCCGUAGGGGGCAGCCUUGUAUUAUGUCAGCUUUAACUGCCAUGCAGCUUUAAUGGAUUCAAUCACUGGAUAGGAGUAAGCUAAAGCCAUCAAGAACCAUACCCAGGGUGUGUUUUUCAUCAUAGUGUCUUCAACAUCGACUAAAUGAAGCUGUGAAUAACGUGUUUAAUACCAUUUCUUUUAGAUCCACAACACUCAACAGCUUGAACAUACUGUAUCGUGCAAAAUCUGAUGUUUUUUUGUUGUUGUUUUUGAAGGUGCUAAUGUUGAUCAGGUUUUUGCUCUCCUGCCUUAAGCUUUAUGUCAGGCCUUGUACCUGUUGCGCUCUGUGCCAAAAUGUGAAAGGUAGCCAUGACAGGCGACUGACAAUGGGUAUUUCGUGAACAAGUAAGAGCGUCACACUCACACAUGUUGGUUUGGCAGCUUUGUUUCAAAUCCAGGUGCUCCUCUAUUGAUGUGAGUUUGCUGAUUUUAGUAGAGGAUUUUUUAUUAAAUAACUGCUAUUGUAUUUCUAUGGAAAUAACCCAAAAUAAAUUAAAUUCAGCAUCUGUGUUGCAGGGGGUUAAUUGUAAUUUAAGUUUAAUUAGAGUAGUAAGUUUAGCUUUUGUUGAAUGAAUUGCUUUUAAAGGCAUCCAAGGUCAGCGCGGCUGUAACUUUUAUCUGUUAAAGUUUGUUUUGGAGCGUCUAGACAUUUGAAAAUUUGAAUUUCACGCUGAUGUUUUUUUGGCUUUCCCUCUACGCUGCAGAGAUAAGCUACAUGUCCUGUCCUAACAAAACUUGAAAAAUGUGUAUUUGACAGCUUUGGAAAUAGGUGUCUUGGUGUGUGUGUGUGAGGUUUUUACAAUGUAGAUUAUAGAAUUUGAAUUCAGAAUUUGUAGGUAUUUUUUUAAUGAGCAUUAUUUUUUCUGGUAUUUGUACAGAAUUUGUUUUGUAUUUAUACCUAUUUUUCUGAAUGCAUUGUUUUGAAAGUUGAUACUGGCCUUUUUACAAGGCACUGUUUUUGUAUGACAUGCAGCACUUAAUAUUGUGUAAUGUGUGGUCUGUUUGAAAUGAUUAAAUAAAUACUAAAGCCAUGGUUUACACUUGGAA